GACCCAAGCCUGCCGCUUAUGGGAAGCGGGUCCUUGAUUGGCGGCGACUUCGGCGAUGGAAUCUGCGACCUCCGGACCACUUUGGCGACUUUGACGCCGCGGGGCGGACGCGCGCUGUUGGUUUUCCGGGUGCGCUCUCGUACCGUCCGGACAGCGACGGUUUCGCCUUGGAUUGGAUCGCCCGCGCGCCGGGUCCGACGCGCGGCGCCGGAAGGUGGCGACUUGGCAGGAGUGGGCUGCGGCCUAGGUGAGAGCAGCGUGCAGGGAGAUUUCCAGCGUUUCCGCCGCGGCGCGGCGGCGUGUCUCGCAGCGUUCGGCCUGACGGCCGGGCUCGUCGCGGCGCCCGCCCUGGCCGCCAGCCCGACCGACCCGCGCCCCGCCCUGGGCAGCCAGAGCGACGCGGCGCCGACCGCCGGCCCGGAGGGCGUCGACUACCGCGUCGAACUGCGCGGCGAGCUGCCGGCGCCGCUGCGCGCGCUGCUCGAGGAGGUCUCCCAGCUCGAGGAGAUGCGCGACCGCCCGCCGGCGACGCGCGCCGCCCUGCGUCGGCGUGUGCAGGACGAGCGCGGUCGCUACGAGGCGGCCCUGAAAUCCGCCGGCUACUAUGCCUUCGCGCUGUCGAGCGACGUCGACACCGCGCAGAGCCCGGCGCUGGUCACCGUCACGGUCGAGCCGGGGCCGCAGUUCACCCUCGGCGCCUACACCAUCACCUAUCGCCCGCAGGUGCCGCGAUCGGCCAACGACCGCGACAUCCCGCAGAGUGCCGAGGAUCUGGACCUGGAGUUGGGCAUGCCGGCCCAGGCCGCGCCGCUGCAGGCGGCCGAGGCGCGCAUCGUCACGCUGCUGACCCAGGCGGGCUACCCCUAUGCCGAGAUCGCCGAGGCGCGCUACCUGGCCGAUCACGCCCGCAGCCAGCUCACCGCCGGUCUGACCGUGGCGACCGGCCCCCGGGUGACCUUCGGGUCGCUGACGGUGGAGGGCGCCGCCGAGGUGGAGGAGGACUACAUCCGCGCCAUUGCCGACUGGCCGGACGGCGAGGUCUGGGACGCCCGCGCGCUCAACGCGGUGCGCAACCGGGUGGCGGCCAGCGACCUCUUCGAGACGGUGGUGCUGGACUAUCCCGAGCAGGCGCCGCCGUCGGACGGCGCCGUGCCGGUGACGCUGGUGCUGCGCGAGCGCCCGCACCGCUCCAUCGGCGUCGGCGCCGCCAUCACCUCCAGCGAGGAGAUCGCCCGCGCCAAGCUGAGCUGGGAGCACCGCAACCUCUUCGGCGCCGGCGAGACGCUGCGGCUGGAGGCGCUCGGCUCCCUGCUGCGGCAGGAGGCGCGGGCGCUGUUCCGCCGGCCCAACUUCCUGCGCGGCGACCAGGCCCUGCUGGCCAAAUCCUCCUUCCGGCACGAGGAGAGCGACGCCUUCGACGAGACCACGGCGGCCGCCUCGCUCGGCGUCGAGCGCAGCAUCGGCCAAGCCUGGACCGUCAAUCUCGACACCGCCAUCGAGUUCUCCGAGCAGCGCGACAGCUUCGGCACAGACCGCUUCACCCUGGUCGGCCUGCCGGCCGCCGUCGCCUACGAUACGCGCGACAACCUGCUGGAUCCGACGCGGGGCUGGCACGUCACCCUGGGCGCCGCCCCCUGGGUCAGCGUCGGCGAGCGCAGCAGCCAGUUCCUGAUCGGCGAGACCUCGGCAGCGACCUACUGGAGCCCCUUCGAGAGCGACCGCGUCGUCUUCGCCGGCCGCGCCCGGCUCGGCGCGCUCUUCUUCGAAGACUCCGCCGCCGUGCCGGCCAGCAAGCGCUUCUAUGCCGGCGGCGGCGGCUCGGUGCGCGGCUACGAUUUCCGCGUGAUCGGGCCGCUCGACGCCGACGGCGACCCGCUCGGCGGCAAGUCGGUGGUCGAGGUCGGGCUGGAGACGCGGAUCAAGGUGAGCGAGGACAUCGGCGUGGUGCCCUUCCUCGACGGCGGUCAGGUCUACGAGAACACCCUGCCCGACGCCGACUUCGACUGGCAGUGGGCGGCCGGCCUGGGGCUCCGCUACUACCUGGGCAUCGGGCCGGUGCGCCUCGACGUGGCGGUGCCGCUCAAUCCGCGCGACGAGGACGACCGCUUCGAGUUCUAUCUCUCCAUCGGGCAGGCCUUCUGA